UCCGGCUCCGUCCCAGUCACCCUGAACUGGUCCCCGGGUUCUCAGCCUGGGAUCACCCCUAGAGAAAGACCCCAGAGUCCUCAGCAGCUAGCCCGCCCCCCAGGCAGGGUACUGAAGGGGUUAAGUCCCCUGGGGCUGGAUUCUGCCUUCCGGCUUUUCCCAGACCCCAGAGCCGGUCCCCAGAGCCCCCUGCAGACCUGAGCUCUGGAAUGGAGCCUGAGACAGUGCUGUGGGGCCCAGAUCUGCAGAGUCCUGAGCAGAGCCCCAAUGACAGUCACAAAGGUGCCGAGAGUGGGAAUGAAGAGGAAAGCCCUCAGGAGGACAGUUCUACAGAAGAGGUCAUCCUAGGAGAUCCAUCACAGAGUCCAGAAUUCAGGGACCCGCCAGAGAUGCCCCUGGAGGGGCCUUCCCUGAGUCCCUCCACCCCCCAAGACCCCUCGGUCCCAUUGGGCCACCCCAACUCUUUGGACCAUCAGACCUCUCUGGAUUCCCCCACCUCGGAGGUAGUGCCCACCGCAUCCGACUGGACCAAGGCCUGUGAGGCCACGUGGCAGUGGGGGGCCCUCACCGCGUGGAACAGCCCCUCGGUGGUCCCGGCCAACGAGCCCAGCCUGCGGGAGCUGGUCCAGGGCCGCCCGUCCGGGGCCGAGAAGCCUUAUAUCUGCAACGAGUGCGGCAAGAGCUUCAGCCAGUGGUCCAAGCUGCUGCGCCACCAGCGCAUCCACACGGGCGAGCGGCCCAACACCUGCUCCGAGUGCGGCAAGAGCUUCACGCAGAGCUCGCACCUGGUGCAGCACCAGCGCACGCACACGGGCGAGAAGCCCUACAAGUGCCCAGACUGCGGCAAGUGCUUCAGCUGGAGCUCCAACCUGGUGCAGCACCAGCGCACGCACACGGGCGAGAAGCCCUACAAGUGCACCGAGUGCGAGAAGGCCUUCACGCAGAGCACCAACCUCAUUAAGCACCAGCGCUCGCACACGGGCGAGAAGCCCUACAAGUGCGGGGAGUGCCGGCGGGCCUUCUACCGCAGCUCGGACCUCAUCCAGCACCAGGCCACCCACACCGGCGAGAAGCCCUACAAGUGCCCCGAGUGCGGCAAGCGCUUCGGCCAGAACCACAACCUCCUCAAACACCAGAAGAUCCACGCCGGCGAGAAGCCCUAUCGCUGCACCGAGUGCGGCAAGAGCUUCAUCCAGAGCUCGGAGCUGACGCAGCACCAGCGCACACACACGGGCGAGAAGCCCUACGAAUGCCUCGAGUGCGGCAAGAGCUUUGGCCACAGCUCCACUCUCAUCAAGCACCAGCGGACCCACCUCCGGGAGGACCCCUUCAAGUGCCCCGUGUGCGGCAAGACCUUCACGCUGAGCGCCACGCUGCUGCGCCACCAGCGCACGCACACCGGUGAGCGGCCCUACAAGUGCCCGGAAUGCGGCAAGAGCUUCAGCGUCAGCUCCAACCUCAUCAACCACCAGCGCAUCCACCGCGGCGAGCGGCCCUACAUCUGCGCCGACUGCGGCAAGAGCUUCAUCAUGAGCUCCACGCUCAUCCGCCACCAGCGCAUCCACACGGGUGAGAAGCCCUACAAGUGCUCCGACUGCGGCAAGAGCUUCAUCCGCAGCUCGCACCUCAUCCAGCACCGCCGCACCCACACCGGCGAGAAGCCCUACAAGUGUCCCGAGUGCGGCAAGAGCUUCAGCCAGAGCUCCAACCUCAUCACGCACGUGCGCACGCACAUGGACGAGAACCUCUUCGUGUGCUCCGACUGCGGCAAGGCCUUCCUGGAGGCUCACGAGCUGGAGCAGCACCGAGUCAUCCACGAGAGGGGAAAGGCCCCUGCGAGGAGGGCACAGGGCGACUCGCUGCUGGGCUUUGGGGACCCUGCCCUGACCACCCCACCCCCUGCAGCCAAGCCCCACAAGUGUCUGGUCUGUGGGAAGGGCUUCAACGAUGAGGGCAUCUUUAUGCAACAUCAGAGGAUCCACAUUGGUGAGAACCCCUACAAGAAUUCGGACGGCCUGAUCACGCACCCAGCCCCCAGAGCGCCUCAGCUCCGACCCCCGAGGCUCCCUUUUGGAGGGAAUUCCUAUCCAGGGGCUGCGGAGGGCAGAGCUGAGCCCCCAGGACAGCCCUUCAAAAUGCCUGAUGGGCAGGAGAGCUUCAGCCAGAGGCUUGGCCUGCUCUCCUCCAAGUCCUACAUUUGUUCCCACUGUGGGGAGAGCUUCCUGGAUCGCUCAGUGCUCCUUCAGCAUCAGCUCACCCACGGCAACGAGAAGCCCUUUCUCUUUUCUGAUCAUAGGACUGGACUCGGGGAAGGAGCAGGACCUAGCCCCUUUCUCAGUGGAAAGCCCUUUAAAUGCCCCGAGUGCAAAAAAAGCUUUGGCCUCAGCUCUGAGCUGUUGCAGCACCAGAAGGUCCAUGCUGGUGGGAAAUCCCAGAAGAAUCCUGAGGCGGGGAAGAGCUCUUCUGUCCUCCUGGAGCACCUCAAGAGUCCUCUGGGGGCCAGACCCUGCAGCUGCUCAGACUGUGGGGCCUCCUUCCUCGAUCGCCUGGCCCUAAUCAGACACCAGGAGACUCACAGUCAAGAAAAGUCCCCCCAACCUGAGGACCCGCUUCCAGAGCCAGCCACCCUGUCCGCUAGUCAGGAAGGUGAAGGGGAGGCUCCUUCCCCCACAGGCAGUAGCCACAACAGAGAAGGGGGAAAGCCCAAAACCCUCUUGGAAGAAAAACCCUAUUUGUGCCCAGAGUGUGGGGACGGCUUCACAGAAGUGGCGGCCCUCCUCCUCCACAGAAGCUGCCACCCAGGUAUCUCCCUCUAAAUUGGGUCUGGAGACCGGGGGGGGGGGCACCCUCUCUUCUGAGAGGAACACUGGAUCCCCACCAGAAUCGUGCACAGAAAGGAAGAAAAUCCAAUUAGAUGGUAGAAAAAGUGGAAGCUCAAGAGGCUGGGUGAAAAGAAUGCUUUUACAUCAAUUAUGAAGAACCCUAUUAAAAUUGGGGGGAGGGAACCACUUGUAAGGCAGUAUAGAAAAAUUGUUGGGUUAGAAACCCUAUAAAUAUGUAGGAAAUUUAAAAAGUCUUUUAAGUCCGUAGCAGAAAAACCCUAUAAAUCAUAGUGGAUAAAAAAAAAGCCCUAUUAAUUGUAGGAAGAGGUCCCAGUAUGUCUCUAGACAACCCUACAAAAUGUAUCAAAAUCUCCGUGAAACUAUAGGGUCGGGGGAAAUGCAGGGCUCCCAAUGAUGACGUGGGAGAAGGCCCCAGGUGGUGUAGGAAAAGCCCCAUAAACCUGCCCCAGUGUUCC